AUUAUCGCCAAUUGCAACGACCUUCCGAAUACGGCGAAGUCGUAUGCGUAUGCAUGCGAACCAAGGCACAACCAAUCUUUCCUUGAUGUUUUCAAUGCGUCGCGCUUUCAUUUGACGAGUAGAAUCUGAGCGCCCGAGAUUGGCGGUGCUUCGCCGUAAUGGCUCGCCUGUCGCUUCUUCUGCCCUUCCUCUCCAUGGGAUCACUUGGUCUUGGAAGCCCCUCACCGGGAUUUCCCAUGGUCAUCAACACGUGGGGAGGAGCCUUUACCGCGGCGACAGAUGCCGCCUUUUCCGCCCUGCACCGCGACGGCGCCUCAGCGCUCGACGCGGUCGAGAUUGGAUGCCUCACCUGCGAACGCAACCAGUGCGACGGCAGCGUUGGGUUUGGAGGUUCCCCGGACGAGAAUUGCGAGACGACGCUCGACGCCAUGAUAAUGGAUGGAGCGACGAUGAAGUCUGGCGCUGUCGCUGCUCUUCGCAGAGUUCGAGAUGCCAUUUCCGUUGCGCGGCAUGUCCUGGAGUACACUACGCACAGUAUGCUGGCAGGGGAUUUAGCCACCGAAUUUGCGAUCCAGAAUGGCUUCAAGGCCGAGAGCCUGUCAACGGAAGCAUCAACCAGGCAGUGCUUGGAGUGGAGAGAAGCACAGUGUCAACCCAACUAUCGGCUGAACGUCAGUCCAGACGCAUCGUCGUCCUGCGGUCCAUAUGUGCCGCAAACUAAGGCCAGUCUUGGUGGUGAUGCCGCCCAAGCAUCCCACGAUACUCUUUCCAUUAUAACACUACAUGCCGAUGGAACCAUGGCUGCAGGCACGACUACAAAUGGCGCUUCGCAUAAAAUCCCCGGCCGAGUAGGUGACGGGCCGAUCACCGGAAGCGGCUCCUACGUCGAUGGAGAUGUUGGCGGUUGUGGUGCUACGGGAGAUGGAGACAUAAUGAUGAGAUUUCUGCCUUGCUACCAAGCAAUCGAGAACUUGAGGCGUGGCAUGUCACCAACUGAGGCUGCAGAAGACGUCGUCCUCCGAAUGGUGAGGAAGUAUCCGCAGGUUUCGAGUGGCAUCGUCGUCGUCAACAACAAGGGCGAGCACGGGGCAGCUGGUAGUGGUUGGACGUUUACCUACGCAUAUAGAGGCGGUGCGAUGGGAAGCACGCAGGUCGUGACGAUACCACCGGUUGAAGCGGGUGUAGGAUUUGAGUUGUGAUGAUUCGUGCUCUGAUCUCUGUGAUGGCUAAAUAUACAAACAAAUUCUAGACUUAGCAUCUACCUAUCGUUUCAGUAUACGGCAGAUUGAACCCUCCGCAGGCUGCCCAGCCCAUGCAAAAACAGUUGUUCUCAUGUUGGUCUCAUUGUUUAGAUCAUUUUGAACCAGACAUGCUAGUUAUGUCCCACGAGAUAGGCUUGAUUUCAUCCGUUUCAUGUAUCUAUACGAGUUCAUUAACAAGGAAAGUCGGUUAUAA